ACCAUGUCGACAUCCAUCUAUCUCUCUCCUUCUUCCUCCUCUUUGUCCCCCUCUCUCUUGCCAGCAGUUUGAUUAGCUAAAUUCACAGUCCCGGCUUACCUCCUUUCAACAAUUGGUUGACUCAGUGAUUUUAAAGGACAGAAGAAGAAAAGAAUCUUCUUGAAACAGCAAAGCAGCAAAGAUUUUGGCUGGAAUUGAUUCGGUGAACAGGGUGCACGGGACGUCAUGGGUAGGCGGGCAGACACUUUUUGGGAAUACGCAGAGCAAUUGUGUGGGCGUUUUAAGUGCAAUUUCUGCAAACGAGAUUUUGCUGGGGGUGCCCCUAGAGUUAAAUCCCAUUUAUCUGGAAUCAAAGGACGUGAUGUAGAUAUAUGCACCAUGGUCCCAAAACAUGUCCAAGCACUUGCUGCUGAGACGAUUAAAGGUGCCAAUAAGAGACCAAAACCCGAAUACUUUUCGAGUAGUUCCGAUGGAACUUCUUCAGAAGUAUGUCACAAAAAUGAUAUCUGUGAGCCGGAUGAUUUGCUUGCGAAGUUCUUUCUGUCAAACAACAUUGAUUGCAAUGUUGUUCAGUCAUCUUCCUUUAUUGACUUCAUCAAUGCUGUGGCUGCAUUUGGUGCUUCUUAUAAGUUACCAAGUUAUUCAACACUCAAAACUCUGCUAAUUCCCAAAUUGCAUAGCGAGAUCGAAGCACAUGUGAGAAGUGUGAAGGAAUCAUGGGGAGAAACGGGCUGUACCCUCAUCUCUGAUGUUUGGUUCAAUGAGAAAGAGAAUCAAUCCUUGGUUAACAUCAUGGCCUAUUCGUGGAAAGGGGUAGUGCUACUGGAUGCGUUCAAAGUCCCGAAGUGCGAAUUAGAUGGCCACUUCUUAGAGGAAAUCAUCUGUUUCUGCAUCCAGACUAUAGGGCCAAACAAUGUUGUGCAAUACAUUGAUGGCAUUCCAGGUUGGGGACCUACCAGGGCUCGGCUCACUAGCGACUUUCCUCACAUAUACGUCACUAGGUGUGUUGCUGCUGAGAUCCAGUCAAGUUUUGAGGACGUUUACAUGGAAAUAGAGUGGGUUAAGUUGGCAUUUGAUAAAGCCAGAUGUCUCAUAACUCUUAUUUAUGGGAAUAGCGAUCUUUUGUCACUGAUGAGGAAGUACACCAACAACAGGGAGUUAAUACAGCCUCAAGCAAUAGAUUUUUCCUCAAACUACACUAUGCUACUGUCGAUCAUUGUUGUCAAAGAUCAGUUACUUCAACUUGUGCAGUCUUUUGGUUGUAGUAUGUCAGACCUGGGAAAAGAAGUGGCUGAGAUAAUUAGUAGCCUAGAGUUUUGGAAUCAAGUGGAAGAGAUAGUACAGGCUCUAGAGUCAUUAUUCCUAGUUCUCUAUCUAGUUGAUAGAUAUGGUUCAUCUUCCGGGUACUUGUAUGUGGCAAUGGAAAUGGCAACUGAAGGAAUGAGAAGAAUUUAUGGUGGCAAUCCAGACAAAUACGAGAGACUAUGGCAGAUUUUCAACUCGUUGAAGGAAAAGAUUGUCCAUCCAAUACAUGCUGCUGCAGCUUUUCUAAACCCAGCAUAUAUGUGCAGUGAGUUGUUUAAGGAUAGGGCCAGAAUAAUGGAAGCCAUGGAAUUUGUAGUGACCCACUUGGUAGCUAGCGAAGAUAAAGAUGCUUUCCUGGAAGAAAUCAUUAAGUAUCACAAGAGAAGCAAAGAACCAAACAAGUUCUCAGAUACCGCGAACAGAAUGCGGACAGUAUGUCACCCAGGUGAUUGGUGGGCUUAUUGCGUUGGGCGUGAGUUCCCAAUGCUACAGAAGUAUGCCAUCCGAAUAUUGAGUCAGCCCUGCAGUAGUUCAGCUUAUAAACAGAGUUUGAGUGCGUUUGAGACUGCUCAUAUGAAGAAGCUGAGCAGAUUUACAUUUAAAGCAUCAACCCAUUACUCUUGGAUGAACAUGAUCUUGACCACUGGAUUUAGGGCAAUGAAUGCAUCUGGUAAGCCAAAGGAUCUUACAGAGCUCAUCGAGUUGAAGUGGAGAUUUCCUACUGAUUUCUUAAACGAGCCGGAGGUUCCCUAUUUAGAUCCACAACCAACUCACAGUUCUCUAAUAGCUGGUAUCCAUCUCCCAAGCCAGAGAUGUUUGCAGCUGCAGUUUGUAACUAGGAUUCCAUCUCUUCUAGUUACUGGUCAAGAGGUCAAAAGUGAACAAGGAUCUCCUGUCCAUGUGAUCUUGGUAGACCGAAUCACCGGUAAUGUGGUGCAAGACAGUGCAUUAUCGAUGUUAAAUUUGACAGUUUCAGCACUUGAAGGAGACUUCGAUGAAGAAAGUGGAAAUACUUGGCAAAGGGAGGAUUUUGAAAGAAAUGAAAUAACGGAUGUCCUACUCAUGACUGGUAAUCUGCAAGUGACCCUAAAGGAUGGGAUGGGAACACUCGGAGCUUUCUGUUUUAACUACAGCUCUGACAUUGCAAAGAGUGGGAAGUUCAAGCUUGGAGUGAAAACUCUUACAGAUGAAUGUGGAGGGAUUUGUAUUUGCGAGGGCAUAUCCAAUGCAUUCAUCGUGAAGGAUGGUAAUGACACGAGAGCGCCUGAUGCUACUGCCAGCCAGAUGCAUCUGUCAGAAGAUUCGCAACUAAAGAGUAUUAUGGAUGAACUGACACAACUAGUACCCUGUCCAACAGACACGAAUGCCAAUAGCGAGAUGGAUCUCGGUAGACAGUUUGAAUUUGGACCCCUCUGGAGUCCACUGGGUUGCAAGCAUAAGCAGAAGCACAACAUCAAAUCAGGGCAGGGAGCAAUGAGAUGGCCUAAGCUUAAAGCCAUAAAAGUUUCACCAUGGGCGACUCUGAGGAGAGCUGUCAAGGAAAAGAGAGCUCAGAAAAUGCUUAGAAGGGCUCGAUUGCAGAAGCGAUUGGAAGAAUGUAAUAAAGGUGAUCAAGAUUGUAGUCAGGAAGAUCACAGACGGUUACAAGUUAAGGAAAAGCUGAAGGAAAUCCCUGAGAAGUAUGUGAUGUCGAAGCCGCCGUGUCAAGUGGCAAUUCGUCCUGAGGAGUGUUCCAAGGGCAAAUCUGGAUCUGCGUUGGAUGAGAAGGACGAGGAAUCAAUGCUACAAGAACCUCCUUGGGAAGGACAAGGACAACUUAAAUUAACAAGUUAUGAUAAUUCAACUGUGGGAGGCUCUGUCAAAUUUCCAGAACCAAGUACCUCAGAAGUUAGUCAACCUUUGAUUCUCUUCCCGUCGUUAUUGGCCUGCAAAGAUACAGAGCUCCUUGAGGAUGAGGAGGCUGCCAAGCCAUUGGUAUCAGAAGAAUGUCCAUCGACAGUAGCAAGCUUCUCAUGUGCUGGAGACUCUAUUCCUCGGAAACAGGAUAGGUCCCGAUGGAGACAUUUAUUUACGCUUUUUCCCUCAUCACUGAGUGGAGAUGAUACUGACCUUGGUGAGGAUAAGGCAGGAGAGUUUCUCAAGCAUACAGCAAGACAGUCAACAAGUCCAACCAAAGAUAAUGAAUUGGUUGGCAUGUCUAACCUCAGCAUAGGCACAUCGAACUACUACAGCAAUACCACGGGAUUCUCAACCACGAGCAGCAAUGCGCAGUUCUUGAAGGCAGUGGCGGCAGGGAACGCUGAGCCGGAUGGACGGAUCUUGACACCGAAAUUGAAGAAUGUCACGUUUUCUGAAUUAAAAAGUGCCACUAGUAAACCAAGCACCUCAGAAGUUAGUCAACCUUUGACGCUCUUCCCGUCGUUAUUGGCCUGCAAAGAUACAGAGCUCCUCGAGGAUGAGGAGGCUGCCAAGCCAUUGGAAUUAGAAGAAUGUCCAUUGACAGUAGCAAGCUUCUCAUGUGCUGGAGACUCUACUCCUCGGAAACAGGAUAGCUUCCGAUGGAGACAUUUAUUUACGCUUGGUCCCUCAUCACUGAGUGGAGAUGAUACUGACCUUGGUGAGGAUAAGGCAGGAGAGUUUCUCAAGCAUACAGCAAGACAGUCAACAAGUCCAACCAAAGAUAAUGAAUUGGUUGGCAUGUCUAACCUCAGCAUAGGCACAUCGAACUACUACAGCAAUACCACGGGAUUCUCGACCACGAGCAGCAAUGCGCGGUUCUUGGAGGCAGUGGCGGCAGGGGACGCUGAACCGGAUGGACGGAUCUUGAUACCGAAUUUGAAGCUCUUAACGUUUUCCGAAUUAGAAAGUGCCACUGGUAACUUCAGACAGAAGGUUCUCCACGGGGAGGGUGGGUUUGGGAGUGUCUACAAGGGGCAGUUCAAUGAGAAAACCUUAGCCCUAUCUAGAAGGGACAGUGGAAUCCCGGUUGCAGUCAAGAAAUUGAACCCAGAAAGUAUUGAAGGUUUUAAUGAAUGGCAGGCGGAGAUGAAAUUCGUUGGAAGGCGUUUACACCCGAAUAUUGUUAGGUUACUCGGGUAUUGCUGGAAGGAUAAAGAGUGCUUCUUGGUUUCCGAAUACAUGCAAAAAGGAAGUUUAGACAACCAUCUUUUCAGAAGUAAUCCUUCGAUUCAACCCCUUUCUUGGGAGAAGCGACUCAAAAUCGCCAUUGGAGCUGCCCGAGGUCUUGCUUUCCUUCAUGGUUCGGAGAAGCAAGUCAUUUACAGAGAUUUCAAGUCCUCAAACAUAUUUCUCGACUCGGAUUAUAACGCGAAAAUAGCGGACUUUGGCUUGGCAAGAUUAGGACCUUCGGGUGGAGAGUCACAUGUGACGACCCGAGUUAUGGGCACGGAUGGUUAUAUGGCACCGGAAUAUCUUGCAACAGGGCAUUUGUCUGUGAAGAGCGACGUGUACGGGUUCGGCGUGGUACUACUUGAGCUGCUCACUGGCCGACGGGCUCUUGACAUUAUGCAACCGAGCGGGCAGCAUCUGGUCGAGUGGGCCAGAUCAUUCCUUAACCAGAGGAAGAAACUCAAGAUCAUAGUCGACCCUUGGAUUGAGGGGCAGUACUCAUUCAAGGCCGCCCUUCAGAUGGCAGAGCUGACCCAAAAGUCCCUCGCAAAGGAUCCGGGGGACCGCCCCUCUAUGAAGGAGGUUGUCAAGGCGCUUGAGCAGACUGAAGCAAUGAUAGAAAUGCCCGACGAACUGAAAGUGCGGUCAGCCUUGCAUCCCUAAGUGCCUCCGCACAGCCACCAGCCCAUCCAUUAUCAGCGGUCUCCACGCCCCUCAAGAGAGCACGGUGCUAGCCUUCCCGCAGAAGCUAGCUGGCUACCAAACUCUACUCCACAUGAUCACUCAUUUUAUUAUGAGCGACUUUAUCACACGAACAUAGAAUCGACCCGAUUAUUUUGAUACUAGAAGCGGAUGACGAAUUGACGAUCCAAAAAGCUUGACAUCCAUCCCAAUAUACUCUCUUAUAUUUAAUAUUAAUGUUGUGUUAUAUUAAGUUCAAUUCUUUCUGCAUUCCUUUUCAUUAGAUGCUACAGCCUGCCAUCGUUUUGAAGGGCAUUUCCACCUUCAUGGAGUCAUUUAAGGGCUAAAGUAUAAAAGCAAAUUUUGUUCCA